GUUGAACGGUUGCCAAAUGUCCUGAAUGUUCCCCGUUUUUUUCCGUGGAGUUCACGGGAACGCAACAAAGUCCUUAUUCUUUCUAGGACAUCAAGUCAAACUGCAUAUCAUCACAAAUCUAGCGGACCGUACCAAACUGGGUCGCGGCCUACCCGUAGUUGACUUCGAUGCAUACAGGCUUGGAGUUGACGAUGUAGCGGAUGAAAAAUUGGAUGUCUUGGCCAAGGAGCUGAAAACGGCUUUUACUGAAGUUGGAUUUGUGUACCUGAAAAAUAACGGCAUUUCUCAACAAGAGGUUGAUGCCAUAAUGGACAUUUCGGAGAAUUUUUUCCUGCUGCCUGACAAAGAGAAGAUGCCUUUCCGCAGGGGAAACUACUCCGAAGUCAACCACGGCUGGGUAUGCGCCGGAAGCGAAAGGUUAAAUCCCCAGCGCGCUUCCGACCUGAAGGAGGCUUUCAACAUCACGACCUUAAAUCCCAACGUGAAGUGGCCCUCAAAUGACGUGGUUCCAGAUUUCCGGGAGAAGCUGCUCUCUUUCUUCCAGCGCUGUAAAGACCUCUCUCUACGUGUGCUACGAGUGCUGGAGCUCAGCCUGGGUGUGGCUCCAGACGUCUUUCUUGGCAAACACAGCAUGGUAGGGGAGGAGCAGAAUGGCACCACGCUGCGCCUCCUGCACUACCCCCCAGUGAGACCGGAGUCUGUGAAAGAGGAGCAGGUGCGCUGUGGGGAACACUCCGACUUCGGCACCAUCACCAUGGUGUUCCAGGGCCCUGGGGGGGGCCUGCAGGUGCUGGAUCGCACCGGAAACUACAUCACCGCCCCCACCAUUCCGGGCACCGUCCUCAUCAACAUCGGCGACCUGAUGCAGCGCUGGACGGCCGACGUCUUCGUUUCCGCGAUCCACAGAGUUUUGCUGCCACCUCCUGGCGAUAUGAGCACAAGACAGUCCAUUGCCUUCUUUCUGCACCCGAAUGAUGACGCCCUAAUAACAUGUACCGACGGAUCGGACAAAUACCCCCCGGUAAACGCCCUGGACUACCUUAAUGAGCGCUUCACCCACUCCUACGGGAAAAAGUAGAGCUCUACUUCUCCGUUUUAUUAUCAUAGAUUCAAAAAAAAUCUUAAGCCCCGACUUUGCAAGUUAAUUAAAUGUAACACAUUAUGAAUUUAAAUAUGACACUACCUUUCUGAAUCUAACUAUUGCUUUCCAGUGCUAGAGAAUGUAUCAGUUAAUCUAAGGAAUGUAAUGCGUUUGUUGUGCACUCUUAUAGUGAACCCCCAGGAAGGUAGGCUUGAGCUUUUAAAAAUUAAAAUAAAUUAAUAAAUGUGAGCUAUUUUAAAUCACGAGAUAAACGAGGAAUGCUUGUUAAUUUCCCAUGCUCUGUAUUUAGAGUUGCUGCUUUUUGUAACAGUGGAGGUUCCCUUUAAAUCCCGAUGAUCUAAAAUGUAAUUUGUUGGAAUCAGUGAAAGGAAACAGUAAAAAGACAGAGGGGGGAAAGAGGCCUUGAAUUAAAUUUGCUUUAUCUUCCCUUGA